AAAUCUAUCUUAGAAAACUUGGAAAUCUGUAUGCCUUUGAAAGGACUGAAUUCUAGUUCUGAGUUGGGCUUCUUCACCCAAUUCAAGGUUGACAAUAGAAUUUUCCAUCCCUUUUCCUCUAUUUUUUGGAAAAAAAGGAAAUGGCAGGGAAGUGUUCAAGCACUUGUCCUAUGAGAACAGAAUGGGUGAAGGGAAAUGCAGUUGGGUCCGGUUCCUUCGGUGUUGUCAACUUAGCCAUGAACAAAUUCACCGGCAAGCUCUUUGUUGUCAAAUCGGCCUCAUCAGAAGCAGGUUUUAAAUCUAUGGAGAAUGAGGCCCGCAUAUUAGAGAGCCUUAAUUCUCCUUACAUUAUCCGAUGCCUUGGGAAAGAUUUCUCCAAGGAGGCAAAUGGGGAGAGAAAGCUUAACCUCUUCCUAGAAUUCAUGGCUGGGGGAAGUUUGUCCAAUGUCGUUGAGAAGUUCGGUGGCGCUCUAGAUGAGACUGUGAUUCGUUCAUACACCAAAGAGAUCCUCCAGGGCCUCGCAUAUCUCCAUAAGUGUGGUAUCGUUCAUGGUGAUAUCAAGUGCAAGAAUGUGCUCCUGGGUUCAUCAGGAAACAUCAAAUUGGCAGACUUUGGGUGUGCAAAGAGGCAGAACUCUUCAAAACUUGACAAGGGUUCAAAGAAUUCCUUAGGAUCUAUUGGUGGGACACCAUUAUGGAUGGCACCAGAAGUUUUGAGAAAUGAAGGAGUGGACUUUGCCUCAGAUAUUUGGUCCUUGGGAUGCACCAUCAUUGAAAUGGCAACUGGGAGACUUCCGUGGGGCGACCUGCACUUGAAUCCAAUGGCUGCAGUUUUCAAUAUUGCGUGCAGCAAUGAGACACCAGAGUUACCAACCAAGUUUUCCAAUGAAGGGUUGGAUUUCUUGGCCAAAUGUUUGCAGAGGAAUCCAAAAAUGAGGUGGACUUGUGAAGAAUUACUUCAUCAUCCAUUUAUCUCUGGGAAUUCAGAAAGGCGGUGUUCGUGCAAGAAAGAUGCUUGUUCCCCAACAAGUGUCUUAGAUGAUGGACUAUACCAAGAGGAUUAUGAGUCAGAUGAGUCAGUCUCUCCAAUUAAGGAAGAGCUUCAAAGCAGGAUUCCAUUCCUUACAAGAUCAAGUUGUGGAAGACACAGAACGGCAAGAAGGCAACACAGAGAGAUCGCUCUGCAAUCAACAGAAAAUUGGAUUACUGUUAGAUCAGGUUAAGGACUUCAGUUGCAUAUAGGUUGUAGGACAAUUUAAAUCUCCGAAGAUGGAUUUGGAUGUACAUUUUACAGUUAAAAUGUGGAAAUCUGAUA